AUGGCCGCAUCACGGUACAACUCCAACGACCUGCGGCGGCAGGUCGGCUCGCCGAGAUCGAAAGGACGAGAUACCAAGGACACCCUUUGCCGCAACGUUGUGAUCUACGGGCACUGCCGAUACAUGGACACGACCUGUAAUUUUAACCACGACCAAAACAAGCCAGUUUCUGGCCCUUCCGAUUUUCUUUCCAAGAAAUCUUUCAAUGCCGAUUCACCUUCCUUCACGCCCUCGGGCCAAAAUCUGGGACAAGCCAAGAAGACCACCCUUUCUUCUCAAGCAGCAAAUGCUGCGCCCUUCACCCCUCGCGGUGUCACCGCGAGCACGCAGCAGAAUGCUGAUUUGACCAUGUUCAACCCAGCUGGUGCGCGAGAGUUCACUCCGUCAGGCAACACACAGAACUAUGAACUAGGAAACAGCAAUAUGGGGAAUGGCGCAGCCCAAGACAAUGGCGUUUUCAGCGAUCCGUUUGCCAUGAACUCAAUGGCUCCUGCCCUUGCGAACAAUGCACCUUUUAAUCCCUACGCGGGUGAUCCCAGCGCGGUCUCAGGUGCUGGGGCGGGCUUCUAUUCUUCAGGGGGCGCGUAUGCCUCUGUUCCCAUGCAACAACCAAACUAUCAUCUGUAUCAGCCGUACGAUGCUUAUCGAGGAGAGCUGCAACCUUGGCAGCGGUCCACCUAUGACUAUUUCAUCCCAGCUGCCAUGCGAGAGGAGAUACAAAAGAAGAUGUUUGCUACACAGCAUACAAUGCCGGGCCUGCCCAAGCUCGAGAACUACCACUCUCUGUUCUCACUGGACACCAGCCACAGGAAAAACACUGCCUGUUUUGGCUACCACAGUUGGGUGUACAAGGCUCAAAAAGUGACGACUGGGCUGCACUACGUCCUCAGACGUUUGGAAGGGUACCGCUUGUCAAAUGAUCAAUCGGUUAUGAGUGUGAUGAGGGACUGGAAAAAUGUCAGACAUGAGAACAUUGUGUCGUUUCACGAAACCUUUACUAGCCAAAACUUUGGCGACAGCUCCCUCAUCUUUGUGUACGACUGGCAUCCUCUUGCCAAGACGUUGGCCGAACAACACUUCUCUUCGCCCCUGGGGAACAACCGACAAAGAUAUCCCGCUGUGCCGGAAGGCAUACUCUGGAGCUACGUUUGUCAGAUCGCAAGCGCUCUCUAUUACCUACACAACAAAAAUCUUGCAGCACGGUGUCUGGACCUCAGCAAAAUUCUCGUGACGGAGAAAAGCCGGAUUCGACUGGGGUCAUGUGCCAUCUUGGAUGUGGUGCAAUAUGACCACAACCGUCCGAUUCAGGAGCUGCAGGGGGAGGAUCUGGUCAAAUUUGGCAAAGUCAUUCUGUGUCUGGCCACGGGCAUGCCUCCAAACUUGCUGCAGUCCAGCAAUACGAAGGCAGCCCUCGACUCGCUGGUCAAAUACUCGCGCUCCUUGAGGGACGCUCUGCAGUUCCUUCUAUCACCAGUCGCGCCGAACGGCCAGCCACACACCAUUGCACACUUUCUCACCAUGAUUGCGCCGCAGCUUGUGCAGCAGGCAAACAACACGCUCCGAGAAAACGACGAGCAGCAGUACUGGCUCGCUCGCGAGAUUGAGAACGGCAGGAUCGCACGCAAUGUGAUGAAGCUAUCAGUCAUACUGGAACGUGGCGAUUUGGGCAGCCAGUCCAACUGGUCAGAGGUGGGGGAUCGCUUUCAGUUGAAGCUCUUCCGCGACUAUGUUUUCCACCGUGUGGAUGCCAGUGGCAAGCCCGAUCUUGGUCUGGGCCACAUGUUGAGUUGCAUGAGCAAGCUCGACGCUGGCGUGGAUGAGCAAAUCAUGUUGACGAGCCGCGACAACGAAACGGUUUUUGUCAUUACAUACCGAGAACUCAGGGGCAUGUUUGAGCGCGCGUUUAAUGAGCUCAUGAAGUUCAGCAAGUCGCCUGGGCUUUAA